GUCCCCUCUUUGGGGUGCGUGGUCCUCCUGGAGCGGUGCGAGUCAUUAUUAAAUAGAAAUGCGCGUGUGAGCGAAUAAGCAGGUGCAGGUGACCGAGGAUGGUCCAGUUCACAUCCCUGAGCCUUAGAAAUGGACUUCCAGAAGAAACAAAUCAAGUUUAUGGCCCAGAAAUACCUGGACUGCGGCCAGAAAUUGAAAUCUCAAACGUCAACCCUUUAUAAAAGGGGCCGCAAAAGCAGAGAAACACGUGCACCCUCCAUAUUCCCAGACAUUUACGGAGGAAGGAAAAGCAGAUGCCAUGCAGCCCAAGCACCCGAAGCACCCCAAGGUCGGAUGCAGUUGCUAUUGAAUGUGGACAGUCCUGGUCCAGCGGCUUAUUCACCUCCCAGUGUGAACUGCAGGGAGAUCAUCGCUCCAUCCUACACAUUUGGGUGGAAGACUCCCCCUCGAGAAGGCGGAGGGCGCCGUGCCUGGCAGAAAUCUUGGUUCCAGAGCAAGAACCCUUUCUCAAGGAAAGUGGACUUCAGCACCGAAACCAAUUGGCCUUCUCCUUCACAGUAUGGCAUACCCUUAGGAUCUAAACUUGCCAACCGGCCAAACACCCCAAACUUUACCUUUGGCCAGAAGGGAGAGUUCUCUUUCGUCAACAAAGAGGCCGUAAAUGAACCAGGACCCAAUCAAUAUAACAUUGAACGUGCGUAUACAUUUGUGGUACACCGGUCACCCUCCAUCAUCAUCAACCCCCUCAGUCUGUACAGAUGGAUUGAGAAAGAGGGAACUCCAGGUCCCGGGACUUACAACGUGGAAAGGGGGCAUAACGCUCGUCUGCCCAGCUGCCCAAGUUUCUACAUCCAAGGCGUGAGACGACCCAAGAAACACGAAACGGGCCCAUUUUCAACACUGUGAAGCUACAGACACAAUGAAACCAGUUUGGGAUAGUUCCCACUCCAUUUCUGCUCAGCAUAACAUCUGUGGGCCGCUUGCAAUUAAUACAAGCUUGCGAAAAAGCCUCAUCUCUUGUUUAUAAGCCUUCUGAGCGUCAGGUUGACUUAUAUUAGUAAGGGAGAAGAAAAAAUAAAAGAAUAUCCCUCUAUGGGAACGAUGUGGACAAAACCAAGUCAAUUGGAAACGUUGCUUGUUUGUGGAAGAGAAGAAAGUGGGCACUUUUAAAGAGAAAGUACACAGUAUUUGCCAACUUUACACUUAGAAAGAGACAGCAUUCUGGUGACUUUCAAAAAGUCUGCCCUGUAUCACAUUUCUUGACCUGAUCUCCAUUUAAAAAAAAAAAUCCAGGGCAAUGGAGAAGCAAAGCCCUUUCACGCUUGUACAUAAGCAUUUUAACUAAAUCAGAUUUGUACAAUGUGGGAGGCGCUGCAGCUAAACAAGAAAACAGGAGUAGUGUGGCUUUCUGCUUCUCUGGUUAUAUACUGAGAAAAACCUUUGGCUGUAAGUCAGCCAAAGACAGAUUUUGAUAAACAUUAAAUCCCUACUGUUUAAUAGUAGGGCUAGAAAAUAUUUUUUGAUAGACAAGCAAGUGGCACAGAUGUACCCAAUUCUGUAUCAGAAGGGGGCUCUUUGGAGGGGGGGGUGUUUUGUUUUAUUUACAGUCUCCAGUUCCUGCAUUUUUGUCUUAGGAGAAAACUGAUUUUUUUUUUUAAAGGAACCUAACUGGAGUUUUAAAAAAGGAAGUUGUGUUAUAAUUCUGGGACUAAGAAAAAGG